AUGGCCAGAUUGUUUGGUGGCAUCUUCAAUGAUGACUUCAUGCCCAGAUGGCUUUGUGGCAUCUUCAAUGAUGACAUCAUGGCCAGAUUGUUUGGUGGCAUCUUCAAUGAUGACUUCAUGCCCAGAUGGCUUUGUGGCAUCUUUGUGACAUCAUUCAAUGAUUGGAUCUUCAAUGAUGACUUGCUGGUCAGAUGGUUUGGUGGCAUCUUCAAUGAUGACUUCAUGCCCAGAUGGCUUUGUGGCAUCUUCAAUGAUGACUUCAUGCCCAGAUGGCUUUGUGGCAUCUUCAAUGAUGACAUCAUGGCCAGAUUGUUUGGUGGCAUCUUCAAUGAUGACUUCAUGCCCAGAUGGCUUUGUGGCAUCUUCAAUGAUGACUUGCUGGUCAGAUGGUUUGGUGGCAUCUUCCAUGAUGACAUCAUGGUCAGAUUGUUUACAAGUAUCUUCAAUGAUGACGUCAUGUUCUGA